AAUAAUCAUAGUUUCCUCUAUCUUCUAGACCACACAAUGGCUCAGCUUUCCAUCAAGAAUUUUCAACUAUUCAGACGAUCCUACGCGGUUGUGGUGGAGAACAUGACGAAGCAAGCGGUGGCGUCGGUUAUGAGAAAGGUGGCGGAUUUGAGGGCGGAAGUUGUCCCGGCUGAUGAUGCGGAGAAGGGGAUGUUUUGGAUGAGAGAUCCGAAGACCGGGAACUGGAUUCCGGAGAAUCACUUCGGGGACAUUGAUGUUGCAGAACUGAGGGAGAAGCUUCUUCCCAAGAAUCACUAAUAAGUAAAGACAAUUCAAAGUCUCGAC